CAGUUGACAAACUCACUUGGAUCACGAUGGACAGUCAAUUGUUUGUUUUCGCAUUUGUGUUGGCCACUUGCAUUUGGCAAGUUCAGCCGGUCCAGGGUACGAUUCCUCACAUACUGGGGUUUGUCCUGGGCUGUCCUGCCGAUGAAACCGGAUCCCUUUGUGCGGGCUGUGAAAGGGUGUGCGGAGAGGAUGCGAAUAUCAAAUGUGUCAGGAUCUGCAGUCCGGGUUGCAUUUGCAAAAGCGGAUGGAUUCGUAAGGACGGAGACUGCGUUAAGAUGGACGAGUGUUCGGGAUUGGAGUCUAGAGAGAAAAACCUCAUCGAAAAAUCUUCCAAAUACAAAGCCAACAGGUCACCAGCUUCUCAUUAAGCUUCAACUUAAUUACAACAAUUUCCCCCAACUGGGUAAAAUCAAAUUUCACAACUCCCGCAGCGUUAAUUGAAGAUUCCUCAAUACAGAAGAAAAAAAACUGGGAAAAAAGAAAUGGAAAAGGGGAAAAUGCAAACUCGUUAACCCAUUAAACCAGCGCGAGACUCAA